UCGGAAUGAGGGAUAUUCGGUCGCUCCGAUUGUCUUCGAAAAUAAUAGGUGGUCCCUUAAUUCUAGAGCCCAACGGGCACACAUCGCCCGGCGAAGAUCCGCUGUAUGUGAAGAAUCUGGAGCUUUUCAUACGACCAGGAGAUCAGCUAGUCUGGCCAGCCAUUGGCUACGAGAGAGAUGUAUCCGAAGACUCUUCGUCCUCGGAAGCACUUGCUCUGGCGCAAGGCUGGCUCAAAGAUUGCCUUGGUGGACAUCCAGCAUGCCCAGCAUACGCUGAGAGUCCUCUCCCGACGAGAGUGCUUGAAGUCGGCUCCUACACCACGAACCCCAGACUUCAUGUCAGCAAUGGAGCAUUGGGAAAGUAUGCCGCGCUGAGCUAUUGCUGGGGCCCGCCUCCGCACCACUGGAAGACGACGCCUUCAACGCUGCAAGAGCGCACGACGAGCAUCCCGUUAACCGAACUCCCGAAGACGCUUCGAGAUGCAGUCAUAAUCACCCGCGAGCUUGGGAUACCCAAUCUCUGGAUCGACGCUCUCUGCAUCGUUCAAGAUUCUGAGGAUUGGGCUAGCGAAGCUGGAAGAAUGGGCGAGUAUUAUAGUAACGCUGUUGUUACAAUCUCUGCCGACGGCUCCACGGACAGCCACACUGGGUGCUUCGUUCGGGGCAACCGACGAUUCUCUUCCGCCGUACCCGUGGUCUUCGAAGGCAAAGAUGCCGCCAUUCGUGUUCGAACUUGCGGCGCGUGGCCACUUGAUGGCGCGCAUCCGCCGAUGGCCACACGGGGUGGCGGCAAGAUCAAGCUGAAUACCAGAGGAUGGACUUUGCAAGAGCAGAUCCUUUCACCGCGAAUACUGCAUUUCAGCGGGUAUGAGAUUGUUUGGGAGUGUGCGUCUGCAAUGCCUUGUGAGUGCAAGUUGGUACCAGAUAAGCCUCUCCCGAUACGAUUGAAGAACCGUUUGAUCAUCGAAAACUUCACGCCGAGGUCGGCAAUCCAUGCCAGCACUCCGAACGAAAGGAAGGGACUGAUGUUGCGGUGGAACCAAGUCAUCUAUGACUUUACACAGCGAGAUUUAACCUACGCAUCCGACCGCCUGCCUGCUUUAUCCGGCCUCGCUGCUGUGAUGCAGACGCAAAGCGCUGGGGAUGAGUACGUCGUUGGCUUAUGGAAGCAAGGGCUUCCGAUGUGGCUUUGCUGGCAAUCACUCACACCUCUGGGUGCCGCGUUGACGGCUCGCGCCAACCCUCCAAGCAGGAGACACGAAAAGUACUGUGCUCCGUCAUGGUCCUGGGCAUCCGUGUCUAGUGCCGUAGAGAUGUCAUUGCAGGACCGUGAGAUCAUGUAUGAAGGAGCGAAGGAUUCGCCCAUCGAAAUCAAGCUCAAUGUCCUCUCCAUCUCAUGCAUUCCGGCCGGGCUAAAUCCGUUCGGGAACGUAAGUGCGGCGGAAUUGCACUGCGAAGGAACGGUCGUUCCGGUCCAUCUGCAGCAGACAGAUGCGACGAGACAACUCUACGUCGUCAGUGAACGCGCGGCAGAAGGCGGGAAGCCGACCGCACUGGUAUACCGCGACACCUAUGAAGAUAACGGGGAGAUCGAGAUCGGGAACCUGUAUUUCCUAUUAGUCGUCAUAUCUCAUCGCCCAUCGCGAAACGAUCUGCAGUAUCGCUCGCUCAUGUACGGGCUCCUGCUGCAGAGGCAGAGCUUGGGAAGGUAUUGUCGGGUUGCGCUGGCUGUUGGAUACCCUAAUGAUGCGAUCGGUCGGUACUUCACUGAAGAUUGGGAAGCUGUUGGCGAGAUGAUGGAGUUAGUUCUUGUGUAGUAGCUGAACUCUUUCAUAAGGAUCUCUACUCUGCACCAUAGACCGACGUACCUAGUCUCAUCGUUGAUGAGGCCAGUAUCUAACCCUCCCAAAUCACAUCCGUAUGAGAUUGUGAGACAUACUUUAAUGCAUUUUCAGAAUUCUGGAGAGAAUGGAAAGACUGAAGUUGAAAGUCGGUGUUAACUCUGUUUUAUUAGGGAGGUUCGAAGACCUUAUUAUGUACACCGAGAGCGGCCACCCCUAGGGGUAGCUUAAUAGAUAUAGC